GGGCCACAUAUGUAGUGGAUUUCAAAAUCCACCGGAUCUCUCGUGUGGAGCCAAAUGCAAUUCGAUUCCUGUUCUUCCCGUUAUCUCCAAGCAUACAUCGGAUGGAAUUUGUGCGGGGCCAAAUGGAAUUCCGCCUCACCACAAUUGGACUUUUCCUAGCAUCUUAAUAGGAAGGCUACAAAGCUUCAUCAUAGCUCUCUCUAAAUCACUUCAAUGGGUUGGUUGAAGGUCUUCUUCUUCCUCUCUGUCUUCCGCUUCUUAACCAUUGCAUCUUGCAAGUCCGAUGAACUUUCACCAAAUUACGACUGCUCAACUACCAGGUGCUCACGGCACGGCCCUAAAAUCCGAUUCCCCUUCCGAAAACAGGGCUCUCAGCAGCAAGGCCCAUGGUCCAGCGGCUUUGAGCUGUCGUGCAAGGGCCAUCACACUGUCCUACACAUUCCAUCUACAGGAGAUGUUGAAGUGAGACGCAUCGACUACGCCUCUCAGACGCUCAGCAUCGUCGGCUCCAAUGGUUGCGUUGCGGGACUACUCUUCCCCCUUCUCAAUCUUUCCUCUUCUCCUUUCAACUACUCUGGGGCAAUGACCAACGUGACGUUUGUCAACUGUUCGGUGGGUGUUGAUUUUCUAGAUGGUGAAAAAAUUGCUUGCAUGAGCGACUGGGAACAUGAUGUUUUCCUUUUAUUUUCUGAUACGGAGGUGGAAAGUUUGCCCUCGACUUGCCAGCCCACAGAGACAGUUGAACUUCCACAUUGGUAUUGGUAUGGAUAUGGUGAUGGUCUUCUUCAUCUGAAGUGGGACAUGCCCGGAUGCAGUGGCUGUGAUGAAGCCAAAGGAGGGGUUUGCGGAUUCAAAGACAAGACUCAAUCUAAUGAGACUACAUGCUACUAUAAGUGCAAUGAAGGUCUUUUGAAAAAGCGAGUAAUUAUAGGUACGAGCCUAGGCUCCUUUUUUAUCUUAGUAGCAUUGUUGAUUAGCUUGAAGUUCUACCACUCAUGGAAGUUAGAAAGGGAGAAAGAUAGAGAGAAUCGGCUCAAGGUUGAAAAAUUUUUGGAGGACUAUAAAUCUCUGAAGCCCACAAGAUACUCUUAUGCUGAUCUGAAAAGGAUGACUGAUCAAUUCAAAGAAAAAUUAGGUCAAGGAGGUUAUGGAAGUGUUUACAAAGGAACGCUUGCGAACGGAGAUCUGGUUGCGGUGAAGAUCCUACAAAAGUCAGGGGGAGAUGGAGAAGACUUCAUUAAUGAAGUGGGUACCAUUGGUAGGAUUCACCACAUUAAUGUGGUUCGUCUUCUGGGCUUCUGCACUGACAACUUGAAGCGUGCACUCAUCUAUGAAUUCAUGCCAAACGAAUCAUUAGAAAAAUUCAUUUUCUCAGCAGACGCCAAAAACCCUUUGCUAAGUUGGGAAAAGCUUAAAGGUAUUGCAAUUGGCAUUGCUAGAGGGAUAGAGUAUCUUCACCAAGGAUGCGACCAACGCAUCCUUCAUUUUGAUAUCAAGCCUCACAAUAUAUUGCUAGACCAUAACUUUAAUCCCAAGAUAUCUGAUUUUGGGCUAGCAAAGUUGUGCUCCAAGGGACAGAGUAUUGUAUCAAUGACUGCUGCCAGAGGAACCAUGGGUUACAUUGCACCUGAAGUGUUCUCUAGGAACUUUGGAAAUGUUUCCUACAAGUCGGAUAUUUACAGUUUCGGAAUGUUGUUGCUAGAAAUGGUUGGAGGAAGGAAGAACAUUGAUGUUACGGUGGAAAACACCAGUCAAGUGUACUUUCCUGAAUGGAUUUAUAAUCGUCUACAUCAUGGGGAAGAGCUGGGACUCAACAUCGAUGCAGUUGAAGAUGCAAAUAUAGCAAAGAAACUAACAACUGUGGCACUCUGGUGCAUACAGUGGUACCCGGGUGAUCGCCCUGCUAUAAAAAGUGUGGUCCAAAUGCUAGAAGGAAGCAUGGAAAGCUUGAUGAUGCCACCAAAUCCUUUUGCCACCUCUGCUCCACCAAAUGUUGACACAACUACCCCUGAGACAACCCAUGCGGCAAAUUUAACAACUAUAGCAGAACUCGAAGAAGGGAAAGACGAUGAUAUUUCUUGACAUCAACCUCCAAAUUUAUGUCAUUAAGGAUGUUUGCUAUAUUAUAUGUUUGUGAUGGUCUCCAA